AAUCAUUUUGAUAUGACAGAAGUACCUGGGAUUUGUUAUCAAAUUUUAUUGUGAUUACAUCAAAAACUUACGUGUUACUGCAGUGUUUGUUGCGUCAAUACAAUAUUUUAGUAUAAUUUAUAAGAUUAACAAGACCAGUGGUGUCUAAAAUAUGGCAGAAAUGGGUGAGAAAUAUAACACAAAAUGUCCUGGUGUAAAGCGGCUUAUGAGAGAGGCAUUGGAAUUAGCAGAAGCAACUGAAGAAUAUUGUGCAAGACCUUUAGAAGACAAUCUCUUUGAGUGGCAUUUUACUGUCCAAGGUCCAAAAGGUACGGAUUUUGAAGGUGGUAUAUACCAUGGCAGGAUAUUAUUGCCCAAAGAAUAUCCUAUGCAUCCACCUCAUAUUAUCUUGUUAACUCCGAACGGCAGAUUCGAAGUUAAUAAAAAAAUAUGUUUGUCAAUUUCUGGACACCACCCAGAGACUUGGCAGCCAUCAUGGUCGAUAAGGACUGCUUUAUUAGCAUUGAUUGCAUUCAUGCCAACUCCAGCUGAGGGCACCAUCGGUUCUUUGGAUUAUUCGCCUGCGGAACGUAAAGUCUUAGCAAAGAAAUCUAAGAACUGGGUGUGUCCGCAAUGCGGAGAAAUUGCAACAUUACUAUCCUCAACAGCAGCCAAGCCUAUGACUGAAGAGGAGAAGUCUGUAUUAAAUCAAAUAGCCUUCAAAGGAGAAGAAGAGCAGACAGCUAAGCCUCCAGAAGAUCCUGUUCAGGAAACAGAGCCUCAGGUAUUGGAAUCUGUAGACUCCAGUGCUAGUUUUUUAGAUCAGUUGACAGAGAUAUUAGUCGCAUUGCUUGUUGGAGCCUUGGGCAUCUUUAUAUAUAGACGCUGGAAUGCCCAUUACUCUUCAACAGAAACAGAAUUGUAAUACUAAUGUUUGUGGAACACUAAUUAGUACUAGGCCUAAGAAUAAAAAAAAAUACAAAUAAUUAUUCCAAAUUAAUUUAUUCUGUAUUCUUUGUAUUUGACUUUAUUACUUUUUCACAAGUAAAGAUUUCAUUACAUACCUUAAGCACCUAAUUUCUUUUAUCAUAAUUUGAUUAUAUGUAAACUGUUAUCUUAUAUUACAAACUUGAUUGAAAUUUAUAGUAAGAUUAUAUGUUAAAACUUGUGCCUUAAAAAGGAUACUUUGUUUUAAGGCAAUCAUGAUGUAAUCAUUCUCAGAGAGAGUAUGUAUGUCUAAAACUUCCUUACAAUUAUUAUUGAUAGAUGUGUUUGUGUAUAAUUUCUAAAUGUAUAUUUAUUUCUAAUGUAAAGUAUUAGUGUAUUAGGUUUUUGUAUAGUAUUAAUAAAUGUGUAAUACAGGGUGUUGCAGAAUGUAAAUAAUCUUUAACAAGUAAAGGUGUGUUUACAUAUCACACACUAAUUAAAAAAAAGUCAAAUAUCAAAAUAACUGAGAAGUUCAAUUUCCAAUUUUGUAGUAGGAUAACUAUUACUGUAAUUUCUCUGUGUGCAGCACAAGCACAAACAGUGAUUUUUUAGGAACAUCAAAGUGCAUAUAAAAAUAUCAGAGUUUGUAAUCACAAUAAUUAUCAUGAUAAAUAUCUACUAAUUAUCCAUAGUUAAUUAUCAACAAUAACUUAAAUAAAUAAUUGAAUAAACUUUUAUUUUUAUCUAACUACAGUGAAGUUAAAAGGAGUGUUAUGAUUUUGGCCAGUUUGUAUGUAAAAAUUUUCAUCUGUUCUCUUAUAACCUCGAAACUACUCAUUGUACCUGGACAUAUGAGAUAUCAUUAGAAGUGUCUUGGUUGUCCAUGUGCUGAUCAUAACAAAACAAAUGUUGUGGCAUAUGACUAUGAUGUCCUAUAACUAUCACUAUAAAAUAAAUUUCUUGAUUCAAACUUUUUAAGAGUGUUGUUUAACUAUUUAGUUCUUGAACAUAUUUUUAUUUGUUGUUUUAAAUCAAAAAUUAUACAAACAAUAUACUCAAAAAAAGACGUGAAAUUACAUUUAACAAGUGAUAUUAAGAUAUAUUUAUAAAAAAACAAAUUCUUUUUUUAUGAAAAGAGGUUCCUAAUUUUUUUUGUAGGCCCAGCUUAGAAAAUAUAUUUGAAAAACAUAUUUGACAGUUGUUUAAGGAUGACUCUCCAUAUUAACAAGUCCUGAAGUACAAAAAUAGUUUGUGUAGUGUUUUGUAGUUAUCAAGGAUCACUGAACCUUGAAAAAUAUAUCAAUUGUUUUAAUAUAUAUUUAGAAAAUAAGGUAUCCAAUAAUGCAAGAGUGCUGCAUAUUUUAGUGUAAAGACAAAAAGUUAGAAAACUGUACUGAAGCUGUAGUUUUCCAACUUUUUUUAUAUAUUAAAGCAAUUAUUAUAUUUCUAUAAAGCUCUUUGAACCCCAUUUAAUGUUGCUUAAAAUCAUUGUGCAUGUGCUACAUUACCUUAACAUGUCCUUCAAUAAAAUCUCCUGUUUCUGCAGGUGCUGCCAAUUGUACUAAGCUUUGUUUAACAUUCCCUAUUUUUGAAUAAUUUCUUUUUUUUAUUAAAUAUGUGAUAUAUUUUGUAAUGAAAAUUUAUACUUAAUGUUACAAAUAUUUAUUAAUUUAAUAAAAAUGAUUACACAAAUUAAAGUGUAAAUAUGUAUUGUUUGUGUAUUUAAACAAUCUGU